AUGGCAAAGGAAGACCAGGAGAAAACGGCGUUCAUCACGCCACUCGGCGCCUACUGCUACACAACCAUGACCUUCGUCCUCAGGAACGCCGGAGCUAAUUACCAGCGGUGCAUGAACAGCUGCCUGGAGAGCCAAAUUGGUUGCAACGUCCAUGUCUACAUAGACGACGUGGUGGUCAAGUCGACUCGGCAGGACGACUUAGUCGCCGACCUCGCCGAGACCUUCGCAAACCUGCGGCACUACCAGAUCAAGCUCAACCCCCUGAAGUGCACCUUCGGGGUCCCAUCCGGACAACUCCUCGGCUACGUCGUUUCCAAACGCAGCAUCGAGCCCAACCCAGAGAAGACUUCGGCGGUCAUGCGAACCAAACGACCAACCUGCCUGGUCGACGCGCAAAAACUCGUCGGGCGAGUCGCGGCCCUCAGCCGCUUCAUCCUCCGACUCGGCGACAAGGCCACGCCACUCUAUCGCCUCCUGAAGAAGUCGGAAUCGUUCGAGUGGACGGACGAAGCACAGAAGGCCCUGGAAGAGCUCCAGAACGCCCUGAGAAACGCUCCCGUCCUCGUGGCCCCGCUCCCACAAGAAACCAUGCUGAUGUACGUCGCCGCGUCCAAUCGCGUAAUAAGUGCAGUCAUGGUCGUCGAGCGUCAGGAGGAAGGAAAAGACCAACUGACACAACGCCCAGUCUACUACAUCAGCGAAGCCUUAAUCGAGUCGAAGCAGCGGUACCCGCACUACCAAAAACUGGUAUACGCAGUGCUCAGGGCCCAGCGGCGACUGGCCCCAUACUUCCACGAACAUCCCAUCAAGGUGGUCGCCUCAACGCCACUCGUCGACAUCAUCCCGCUCGCCGACUUCCUCGCCGAUUGGGAAGAAGCCCAGCAGCCGAGCUCCCCGGCGGACCUCAAGCAUUGGACACUACACUUCGACGGCUCGAAAAACUUCGAAGGAGCAGGAGCAGGGGUUGUCCUCACUUCGCCUAAAGGCGACAUCGUGAGAUACGUCAUGCAACUCCGAUUCGAGCCCUGCACCAACAACAUGGCCGAGUACGAGGCACUCCUCCACGGCAUGCGCAUCGUAAAGGAGAUGGGCGCAACACGACUACGUUGCCUUGGCGACUCCGACCUCGUCGCCAGCCAGACGUUCGGCACCUGCGACGCCACCGACGCCAACAUGAUCGCCUACAAGCGAGCGGUCGACCAGGCCGGCGCCAGCUUCGCCGACCACGUCGUCGAGUGGGUCGACAGGCGCAAGAACGAAGAAGCAGACGCACUGGCCAGGCUCGGGUCCAAGCGACUCCCACCCCCUCCAGGCGUCUUCCUCGACAUCCUCAGUCACUCCUCGGUGCGUGUGCCACGGGAAAUCGACAUCGCCGAACCACCCGCACCCGACUCCGUCCUAGUCGCACUCGCCUCCGACGCUGGGGACUGGACGGAACCGUACAUAAGCUACCUCGAGCGCCAGGUAUUACCCAUGGACGAUACGGAGGCACGCACGCUUGUACGCCGCUGCAAGUCCUUCACCAUCAUCAACAACGAGCUCUACAAGCGCAGCGUCUCCGGAUUAUUCCAGCGGUGCGUCAACGCUUAUGAAGGGCGCAAAAUUUUGCGCGACAUCCACGCAGGCGACUGCGGACACCACGCAGGCGCGCGCUCGAUUGUCGCCAAAGCCUCUCGGCACAGCUUCUAUUGGCCAACGGCCCAUGAAGAUGCAGUCGACCUCGUCCGCACAUGCGCCGGAUGCCAGAAAUACGCGAGCCAGUCGAACAUGCCGGGCUCGGCACUGAAAACCAUACCCCUCACCUGGCCGUUCGCCGUCUGGGGCAUGGAUAUGGUGGGCAAAUUCAAGACAGCCCCCGGCGGGUACACCCAUCUCCUCGUUGCCGUGGACAAAUUCACCAAAUGGGUGGAGGCGAAACCCAUCAAGAAGUGUGACGGCAACACAGCCACUAAGUUCCUACGAGAAUUGAUCUACCGCUACGGCUAUCCUCAUAGCAUAAUCACGGACAACGGAACUAACUUCGCCAAAGGUGAAAUGGCUGACUUCUGCGAAGACAAAGGCAUCCGACUCAACCUCGCGUCAGUCGCACACCCCGAGUCGAACGGGUCGACUGGCUUCACGCCCUUCUUCCCGGUGUACGGCACCGAAGCUUUCAUGCCCAUCGACAUCGCCUAUGACUCGCCUCGAAUCGCCAACUACGCCGAGGAAGAGAACGAGUGCGCCCGGCAAGACGACGUCGACCUCCUCGACGAGCUUUCCCCUCCUUGGGAAGGACCGUUCGCCGUCAGCCGUGCACUCGGCAAUGACGCCUACUACCUCACCGACGUUCGCAAAGAUGACAAAGGCGAGCCACUCACCAGGGAAGUCGAACGCCCCUGGAACAUCAACCUCCUCCGUCGGUUCUACACCUGGAAAAGGCAUGUAAGCAACACCCGAAUAUCAAUAAAGUCGCUUGUUGCCUCAAUCGCCUUCGCCGACCGUCUUACCAUCACUCGCCACACGAACAUAUCUCCCAUCUCGCCACCACGAGCCUAG